CGCUUUUGCAUCAUUAUUUACUCUUACUCUUCAAUCCCCCUUUCUGGCACACGAUGUAGAACAGAAUAAACAGGAUUGGUCCCUCCACGCGAGAUUUCAUACAUUGCCAAGCGGAUCUUGCUGCUGCUUUCACAGGGCAAUAGACGACAAGUACAACGUCUGUAGAAAAAAUAGCCGACAUCACAUUGGUACAUUGGUUUGUAACGCAUAGAGGCGGCUAGUCUCUCGCUCGCUCUUGGCGCAUUCUCUUCCCAUCCUCCCUUUUCCUGGACCCCGUCGCACCCCUUUCUCUGAUAGCUGAUGAAGAUUUCUUUGGCCCUCGUCAUUUCUCUCUCGACUGCGCUGGCUGCAGUCGCGCCUGGGUUUGGCUCAGUCACCAGAGGCGGUCCUGGUGGCGUCACUGUAACGCCGACCACGCUUGCCGAGCUCAAGGCAGCGCUGUGUGGGUCCAAGGACAGCACGGGCAAAUGCAAUGACACUACUCCACGUAUCAUCAAGAUCACCAAGACCUUCGACUUCCGUGGGUCUGAGGGCAUCAUGACUGAGACUGGGUGCAUCACGAAGGCGUGCCCCAACCCGGCCAAUAACGAACUGGCGCUGGCUCGCAGUGGUUUCUGUGACGGACGCACGAGCACCACAGUUAAAUACGACGCCGCAGGUACCACCCCUCUGCUUGUGGGCUCGAACAAGUCGAUCAUUGGUGUUGGCUCGGCCGGCAAGCUGCUGGGCAAGGGCCUGAUCCUCAAGGGUGGCCAGAACAACAUUGUCAUUCAGAACAUUCAAAUCUCUGACAUUAACGACGGCAUCAUCUGGGGUGGCGAUGCUAUCCAGAUGGACGGUGCGUCUAACGUUGUCAUCGAUCAUAACCAUUUUGCGCGCAUCGGCCGCCAGAUGAUUGUGACUGGCUUCAGCGCAGCCAAGUUCAUUUCCAUAACUAACAACUACUUUGACGGUCGCCGCACGCGCUCGUCGUUCUGUGACGGUUCGCACUACUGGCUCUGGCUGUUCCUGGGCGCCAACGACAAGAUCACUGUGGCCAACAACUACAUCUACCACACAUCUGGCCGUGGCCCGCACACCGGUGGCCUGAAGAAUGGCACCAUUCGCCUGCAUAUGGUUAACAACUACUUUGACACGCUGACUGGCGAGGGUGCCAUUGAUGGCAUGACGACCACCUCGUUCACUCUUGCUGAAGGGAAUUACUUUAAGAACGUCACGUAUCCCGUGUACAGCUACAAGUCUGACCCUGGGUACGUGUUUGCGCCAUUUGUCGGUGCACAGACCUCGGCCUGGUCAAACUGCCAGACGUACAUUGGCCGUGCCUGCGUGCCUAACGACCAGUCUAGUGGCAGCACCGCUUACCGUCCUUUGCACAUAGAAGCCCUAACUCCGCUCACCAUCUACAGAAAGUUCCUUAUGACCCCAGUUGUUGCUUCGGCUGUUCCUGCCCUGGUCACUGCCAGCGCUGGUGUUGGCAAGAUUUAA